CGAGAGCUGGAGCGACACAUCCACAUGGUCCAGCCGUAGAGUGAAAGUAGAGUUCUUCACAAUAUCCUAACAGGUGCCACGUGAUGAUGGUAGAAUCAGCAACUGAGACCAUUCGAACAACACCCUCCAAUCAAAAUGGAGUCAGCAGUCUAAGCAGCCAAUCAGACGGCGGAGGAAGAGAGGGUGGGUCCAACGGUGACACCAAUGGGGAGAUCAGCCCGGUGGAUUUACUGCAUCUUCAACAGCAACAGG